CUACAAGGAAAAGUAAUAUGUGGCCUGUAUUCUCGAUCACUUCACAGUCUAUGAGGAGAGAUGAGCAGGAAAGAACACCAGAGAGGGAUACCAUGGGGCAAACAGUCAAUGAAGAGUCAAUGGAUGCAAAGAAGGAGAAUCAAGAGAAAGCUCCUCACUCAGGCACAUCUUCUGUGCAGAAUGAUGAUUUCCACUGGGAAAAUUACUUGAAAGAGACUGGAUCUUUAAGUGCUCCUUCAGAGUGUUUCAGACAGUCCAAGAUUCCACCAGCUAAUGACUUCAAAGUUGGUAUGAAAUUAGAAGCUCAUGACCCUCGGAAUGUGACUUCAAUAUGUAUUGCCACAGUCGUUGGAAUUACUGGUGCCAGGUUACGUUUAAGACUGGAUGGUAGUGACAACAGAAAUGAUUUUUGGCGGCUUGUCGAUUCUCCGGACAUACAGCCUGUUGGGACAUGUGAAAAGGAAGGGGACUUACUUCAACCUCCACUGGGGUAUCAGAUGAAUGCAUCAUCUUGGCCAAUGUUCCUCUUGCGUACACUGAGUGCAUCUGAAAUGGCACCUGCAACAUUCUUUAAGAAGGAGCCACCAAAGCCACCUCUAAAUAAUUUUAAAGUGGGAAUGAAACUUGAAGCUAUAGACAAAAAGAACCCUUAUCUGAUCUGCCCUGCAACUAUUGGAGAUGUUAAAGGAGAUGAAGUUUAUAUCACAUUCGAUGGCUGGAGUGGAGCUUUUGAUUAUUGGUGCAAGUAUGAUUGUCGAGAUAUUUUCCCAGUAGGGUGGUGUCGCCUCACAGGAGAUGUAUUACAACCACCAGGAGCUCAUGUUCCCAUUGCAAAAAAUACAGCAAAAACACAGCCUUCUCCUUCCAAAGCAACCCAGCGUUCAAUGCAGUCUCCACAGAAAACUGCUAUAAUAUUACCAACACAGCAGGUCAAGAAAUCAGGUCGGGCUAAACCACUUGGACAUACUUCAGCCCCUAAGAAGGGAAGCUCUGCUAAAAAUAUCAUACCAAGGAAAAAAGGCACAAACUCUGGAAGAAAGGAAAAAUGUAUUCCUGUUAUGUGUUCCACAUCUUCAACUUCUUUAAGUGCGCUAGCCAGAGAACAUGGUGGCGUUUCAUUUAAGGAUGCUGUUCCUGAGUCAUCUAAAAUAGUGAUGUCCACAGUCUGUGUCUAUAUAAACAAACAUGGAAACUGUGGCCCUCACCUGGAUCAGAAGAAAAUCCAGCAGCUGCCUGAUCACUUUGGUCCGGGCCCUGUAAAUGUGGUUCUCCGGCGGACCGUACAGGCCUGCGUGGAUUGUGCCAUUCAAAGUAAGACUGUUUUUGGAUUCCUUAAGCCAGAUCAUCGUGGAGGAGAAGUGAUAACUGCCUCCUUUGAUGGGGAAACUCAUUCCAUCCAGCUCCCACCAGUGAACAGUGCAUCAUUUGCUCUUCGCUUUCUUGAGAACUUGUGCCACAGCCUGCAGUGUGAUAACCUUUUGAGUAGCCAGCCUUUUAGCUCUUACAGAGGUAAUAAUAAUAGUCCUACAGAGCAUGAUGAAAAUAACUCAGAAAAAGAAGAUAUAACAGAAAAGAAAAGCGCCAAACGACCUUCUCAGCAACCUCUGCCUUAUGUUCCUCUCUCUCCUAAGCUUCCCAAAACAAAAGUGCAUGCCUCUGAAGAAGAAGUAUUGUCUUCUGAGGGAACUGUCAUGCCUGUAGAGGAAGAGCUUCCUGAUGAGUCUCAGAAUGCACCACUGAAUUCAGCAAAUUCUUUGAAUCCUGCCAGCAGAAAUCCUAUAAGCAUUCAUACUGCAGUCUCCUGGAAUUUUCCUCAAAGUGUGCCAUGCACCUCAGAUUCAGCACUAGUGGAGACUACGUCACCUACCAAGAGCAGUCACUAUGAAGUUAAAUUCCAAAUGCAGAGGAAAAGUGAAGCUCCAGGUUAUAUAGCUGUACCUGAUCCCAGUGUCCUGAAACAAGGCUUCUCUAAGGACCCUUCAACCUGGUCUGUGGAUGAAGUGAUACAGUUUAUGAAAAAUAAAGAUCCUCAAAUAUCAGGCCCCCUCGCCGACCUCUUCAGGCAACAUGAGAUUGAUGGGAAGGCUCUGCUACUACUCAAAAGUGAUGUGAUGAUGAAGUAUAUGGGGCUGAAGCUGGGGCCAGCCUUAAAGUUAUGCUACUAUAUUGAAAAACUUAAAGAAGGAAAAUAUAAUUGAAAAAAAUGUGCAAGUUUAGAUUAGACAUAAUUUUCAGUUGUCCUGAUAACUUUUUAAUUUAAAAGUAUUUUUAUUCUCAUAGCAAUUUUAUUUUGUAGAAGGUUCCUCUAAAAAUACGUUUUAUCCAGAGUUGCAGAACUACAUUACAGUCCAGUCUUCUAUAAAAAACAUAAAUAUGAUAGUAUUAGCAUAUUCAAAUUGGCAGUUCUUUAUGUCUUUUCAUUAUGUUACAGUUUACAGUUUAUUAUUUUAUUAUGCAGUUUACAAAUAUAAUUCACACAGGAAAUAGAGAAACACUUUGAUUUUGGUUAAUGUUUAUAUGUAAAACCAAAACAGCUAAAUCCCAAAGGGGAAAGUGUCAGGGACUGACAGAUUCUCUAAGGAAAUCCAUGAGAAAUUUUACUUAGAAGAGAAUUUAAAGAUGCAACUAUAGAUAUCAUCUCUUUCUCAAAUGUUUUAUGUCUUACUGCAAUGUUCUGUUUGUGUUCUACCAGUUUCCAGAACAGGAAUAGCCAUAUAAAUUAUUUUCCUUUCAUUAUUAUUUCUCUGUAUGUUGUGUUUGUUCAUAUUUAAAGAAAAAAACAAGCUUAUAAACUUUCAUAAAGUGUUCUUACCAGUUUUUGAAAAAUUUCGAACAAUUGUAGGAUAGAUAGAAUAGUUGUUUUAUGCAGGAGAUAUUAUACUACAAGGGUGGUUUGGAUGGAGUAUGACUAAGUUUUUUUCAGUGAAAUACCUAUUAUUUCAAAACUUUACAUAUUUUCACCAAGUUUAGACAUUUAACUAAGCAUUCCUUUCUCACACCUCUAUAUGAAGACACCUGUGCCCAAAUUUUUAAAAGAUAUAUAUUUUAUUGUCUGUGUUUAUUCCUCACAGAAAUACUAUACCAUAUUUAUAUAUUACUCUAUACCUGUAGGUAUACAAACAAGUAAAUCUGUCCUUUUUGAAUUUAAUAUGGCACUUUGCACUGCCACAGAGGUAAUGGUUAACUAUUUAUAUAGUUAGAUGUUUUUAUUCUGAAAAAAUAUGUGUAUCAUUUGCUAAGACUAGUACCUCUCAGCUUAGUCUUCAGGGGAUAUGAAACAAUCCGUAGAUUGGUUCCAUACAGGGAAGUUCUCUGUCCUAUGCAAUGUUCCUAGUUUAAUUCACUUAGUUCUGAGCCAUUUAUUCUCCUAAAUUUUGGAAGAUGCAUUAAUUCUGACUUACCAUUUGGGCUUUAUUUUUAAAGUUAGAAACUUUCAAGGGGAAAUGGUGCUAUAUGUUUAUUGUUAUUACUUUGUAUAACUUUGGUGUAAUGUUUAUAAGCUAUGAGAAUCUGUGCUAAAAGUAUUAGCCAUUUGUUAUAAAUGCCAAUAGAAUGUACACCAGGGGGCAAGAAUGUACAUUUUCUUUUUUAGAAAACCAAAUGUACUUUAUACAAGAAUGCUACUAUUUAAAGGGUGGUUUCAUCUAUGUUAUUCCUUCUGUGUUAUAAAAAAAAUCUAAUUUAAACUUGGUCUCACAAAUUGUGUGAAGAUGCUGUGCCCAGUUAAACAGUCCUCAGGUGUUUGUACAAAUACUGUUUUACAAUUUUCAGAUUUUAAAAUAUAAUAAAGUUUAAUAACCUCAA